AUGUAAUAAAACGAAGAUAUUAACAAAGUGUACACUUUGGAGAAAACUUUAGGAGAGUAUUAAAUUAAUAUAAGUUAAGGGGAGCCUUUGGAGUUGUGAAAAGAGCAGUUAAAAAGAGUUCAGGUGAACAUUUUGCUGUAAAAAUAAUUAAUAAGUAUUUGAUCCAUAUUGAUUGAAGGGAAAAUUUAUCUAACGAAGACUUAUUAGCUUUGUAAACAGAAGUGGAAAUUCUUACUUAAGUAUUAUAAAUAAUUAUUUAGAUCGAUCAUCCUAAUGUUGUGAAAUUAUAUGAAAUUUAUGAAGAUGACACAUAUUUUUAUAUGGUCUUAGAAUUAAUGACUGGUGGAGAAGUAUUCAAUAAUCAAUCAUUAUAUUAAGCUAUUUGAAAGAAUAGUCGAGAAAGAUCAUUUUAGUGAAAAGGAAGCAGCAGCUACACUUAGACCAAUUAUUGAUGCACUUGCAUAUUGUCAUAAGAUGGGAAUUGUACAUCGAGAUCUCAAACCAGAAAAUCUACUUUACUCAACUAUGGAACCAGGAGCCUUAUUAAAAGUAAGUGAUUUUGGACUUGCUCGUUUUGUUGGUUCUGAAGAAGUAAUGAUGACGCAAUGUGGUACUCCAGGUUAUGUGGCUCCUGAAAUUAUUAAUGGCAAAGGAUAUACUGAAGCCAUUGAUUUUUGGUCUGUUGGUGUUAUUCUCUAUAUUAUGUAUAAAUAACAUUUAUUUAAGGUUAUGUGGAUUCCCUCCUUUCUAUGACGAAGAUAAUGAUAAGCUCUUUUAAAUGAUUAAAACUGGUAACUUUGUUUUUCCUUCUCCAUAUUGGGAUUAAAUUAGCAAUGAAGGUUAAAUCUCAAUAUCCUAUUUCUAGCAAAGGAUUUGAUUAAAGGUUUAUUAACUAUUGAUCCAGCAAAAAGACUCACAACUGAGAAAAUUCUCAAACAUCCUUGGCUUGUCAAUAACACACAUAAAUCUAUUGUCAAUCUAUAAGCAAAAUUAAAAGAUUAUAGAGCAUCCAAAAAAAUAAAAGUAAAUCUUCCUUUCAACAUAAUAGAGAAUUGCCAAUGUUCUUACAAUUGCUAGAGGAUGGGGUAAAAUGGCCUAAGUUAAGAAAAAUUGA